UUAACAUCUGACCCACCAAUCACCCAUAUUGGCAUAAUAAUCGAAAUGGAACUCCACUCAAACUGUAUUUAUCCUUCUGCUUUCCACUUGAAACAACCUCGAAACACUAUUUAGAUCUAUUUUAACGUAUUACAUUGAAGUUUCUCGCAGUUUUUGAUCAGCAUAUUCAAUGAGAUGCUCAUCCCAUUCCCCCCUAUUCCUCUAUGUUUCCAAACGUUAGACAUGCAAACAUUCUCAGAGUGGGUCAAUUUGUUACCAUUCUGAAUGAUCUACUCCUGAUCAAUGUAGAAGUGCUGAUUUCGUUCCAAUCGGUCGCGGAACAAGGAUGGGAAUCGAAGGUAUUCUUGCCUUGUUCCCAUACUCAUAAGGAACAAGAAUGUUGGGUCCUACAAUCAUUCACCAAAUGGGAAGUCUAUUCGAACAAAUGUAUUGAUGUGAAAGGGCACUGUAAGGGCUUCACAUCCAUACAAAAUGAUUUUGUUCAUGGACAAUUUUUGAAGUACUCAUUGAGGCACGCAAAAAUUGUAUGUCUAAGGAUUGAUUCAACCUUGGCUUCUAGCCAACUGUGAUCCCCAAUUACAUCAAAAAACCCAUGAGAUAGAUCUUGGAGCUCAUUGAGAGGAUGGAUUUGUAUAAGAAAGUGAAGAAUCCUGACGAUUAAAGUCGUUUUGACGUCAUUGAAGCUCGAAACAACGUCGAUAAUUGAACAUCGAAAUCGGGUGUUGGGUGUCAAAUUCGAAACUGUCCAUAGAAACAUCAGGGGAAUCGUAUCAAAUCAAUUGAAAUAGAGAUCUUAGUGGAUUCAAGAUGAUUUCCAGUAGCAUUUACAGUGAUUGGGCAAAGUUUCAGGCCGAUUGGACCCAAUCGGAAGAAGAUACAUGGUAAAGAAUGGUCGCAUUGGGAC